AUGCAAGAGGUCGAGGAGAUUCGAGGAGGAUGUCGAUGGGUUGAUCCAUACUUAAUAGCAAGUCCCGCCAGCUCCUGCUCGUCUGUCGCCCGACACGCGGGACUUCCAAAGCUGGCCACCAUCCCGCUUGGAGCUUCACCGGUGAUCGUGCAGUUCACGCUGCGCUCGAGUACAAUGUGCGGCCGACAAUUGUAUGAGGAUCGACACUUCUCGGUGUAUAUGACUGAACAGGAAAUGAGAAAAGUGCUAUUUAUUAAUGAAACUCCAAAGCUCAACGCUAAAAGGUGCCCGGGCGUCCAGAACAGUUCGAACGCCAAGGACUACAAUUGCGCAAAUUCGGUUCCAGUCGAUCCAACCGCGAAGCUUGGAAUGCCACAGGUGCCGCGCCGCCGCUCGAGCUCAGCUCAAGAUGAUCACAAACACCGGUAUAUCUUAUACAAGCCGUUCUCCAUCGCGCUCCCCAACUGA